GGAAAAUACCGGAUACUGCCGAAUGCCACGUUAACAUUAGAAAUCGCACUUGUUUUCCUCUUCGUACCACGUUGAAGUUGAAUUGAAACAGAUAUGUGGUUAAAGAUGGAUUUUUUACAAGUUUUUAUAGUCAUCUUAGCAAUAUGUUUGUCCAGUAUAGACGCAAUUAUGUUUCAUUUAUCUCCUAACCAGAAAAAGUGCCUUCGUGAGGAGAUUCAUAAAGAUGUGUUGGUAACUGGGGUUUAUGAACUGUCCGACGCGCCUGGACAAAAAACACAUUUGACUGUGACAGACUCUAAAGAACAUAUUUUAUAUUCUAAAGAAGGUGCUACCAAAGGAAAGUUUGCUUUUACAACUGAGGAAUAUGAUAUGUUUGAAGUUUGUUUUGAAACCAAGAUGCCAGGAGGUGGACAAGGUGUAGAUCGUGAAGUUUUACUCAAUCUUAAACAUGGUAUAGAAGCUAAAAGUUAUGAUGAUAUAGCAAAAGCUGAAAAAUUGAAACCUUUAGAAGUAGAAUUGAGAAAGUUAGAGGAUUUGUCUAAAUCUAUAGUAGAUGAUUUUGCUUACAUGAGAGCGAGAGAAGAAGAAAUGAGAGACACAAAUGAAUCCACCCACUCUCGAGUAAUGUAUUUCAGUAUUUUCUCCAUGGGUUGUCUAUUUGGUUUAGCAACAUGGCAAGUCCUGUAUCUCAGACGUUACUUCAAAGCUAAAAAACUCAUUGAAUAAAUUAAAUACUUAUUAGGAAAAUGUAAAUAAUUUUACCAUCUUGUACAGGCCAUCAUAUUAUUUUUGAAAUUAUUAACAUUGGCGAGAUAAAUUCAUUUCAUUUAAAAACCUAUGUUGAUGGAUUGUUAUCAAAUUAUUUGUUUGGGUAAUUUUUAUGUUAUCUAUUCGUAUAUAUAUAUGUAUUAUCAAUUGGACGUAAAGAAAUUCAUAUAUUUAUUAUGCCUUUUGGCCUUAAUUAUGAAAAUUUAAACUGAAAUAUUUUAAGGAUACAGGAUUUUCAUUGGUUAAGGGAUGGCCGAAUGGUUAGCAUGUGCACGCUGUAUCAUAAGGUCUGUCAUUGAGUCAACUAGGAUGGUUUCGAUUCCCCGGUUGUACGUGACAAGGAGUAGGGUCGUCUGUCCAAUCCCGAAAUGACCUAGUUUGUGUCGAGUGGACAGACGUUAAACCCCAUCUCUCUCUCUCUCAUUGUACAAAUUUCAGUUCUUAAAAUAUUUUCUUUUCAAGUUUUCGUGAAUAAGGGCCCAGGAUGUUAAAAAAUUUGUAGAAAUAAUUUAAAAAUAUAAAUAUGAGCGAUAUACCGGUAAAACAGAGUUAUAGAUCAGAAAUAUCAAACUGAUCAGCAGUGAAUAUUCGCUAGUCGGCUACAGUCAUUGAUAGAGAUGACAUCGAAGCAACUUAAUGAACCCCAAAUAUUAACUUUUUUCCUUCUGCAAAUAACAUUUUAAAACAUUUUUUUCAAGCCUUAGAAAAAUAAAUUAAGGUGUUUGAAGUAUUUGUAGGUAAACAAUAUUUCCUAUUUAGUGUAAAUGGGUGUGUAAAAUGAGUAAACAGCACCAUUCUGCCUGAACCAGUAAUGUCUUAUGUAAACAAUGCACGCGCCAUUAGGCCAAUGAAUGACGCCGUGUGAUGUGACGUCACAUGAUAAAGCAGUAAUUUUUUACAGAGCUAUUAGUCUACGCAGUACCUCUGUAAAACAAAGUUAUAGAAAUGUAUAAAAUAGUCACCAGUAAUUUAUCAUAUAUUAAUCAGUGUAGUUGCUAGUGCUCACAUUGAUACUGAUUUAUUUUACUGUCUGAGUAUUCCAUGGCAUUAUUGAAAUAAUAUUGAACCACAGGUUAGUCCCGAAAUGACCUCUUUUGUGUUGAGUGGAUGUUAAACCCCAUUUCUCUAUGGCAAUAUUUGAUUUAAGUGAAAUGAUCAGUUUUGGAACAGCAUUCUCAAAAUUUCUAGAAAAUAUAUAUCUGUCAAAUCAAUGUAAUUAAUUUAUCUCGAUGUUUUUUUAAAAAAAAAAUCAGUUCCAAUAGAUUUAAAAUACUAAUUUUAUUUUAGUGUUUGUGUGAUCACUAACUUGGUGACCUACCAGUGAUGUAAUUUUGCAAAUGAUCAGUGUCAAUACUGGUCAUUGGUCAUUUAAUAAAAAGUAUGAUAGGGCAUAGUAUCUUCAUGAUAUAUUUAUUUGUUUCAACAGUUUAUAUGAUAAACAGAUUAUUAACAAUAUACUAUACUAUGUUUUAAACAACAAAUUAUGAUAAUAAUAAUUUAUAUGAAUUACCAGCAAUAUAGAGAAUUAAGAUCAGCUAAAUUAAUGAAUGAAAAUUUUUUAUUAAUGUUUUGAUGUUUCUUUGUGUGUCGAUUUUGUAGAAUUAGUAAACAUUUGGAUCGGAAUGUUUCUCAGCGUAAUAAAUGAGUUUGAAAUAUUACUAUUUAAUACUGCAAUGUAAUAUGGGCAGCACCAAUUAACAUCACAUUGUGGUCAUUUUGUAUCUAGAGUACUUGUGUUAUUUCUUUGAUUGUUGGGUCUUCCUGGAACUAUUUAUUGUGGUUCUAUGAAGGCUUGUUGCUGCAUAAAAAUUUAGAUUCAAACAAAUAAGAUAAUUUUAUAUUGUUUGAUAUUGGAUGAAUGAGGAAACUGGAGAUCAAAUGUUUAAAUUAUAUAUUAAUAUAUAUCUUUGUAACUAUGGUAACAAUACGAAUAUCUACAUGGUAGUUUGCAUCUUAAUUAAUGUAUCCUAAAAAGAAACCUAAACACAUUUACAAAUGAUUGUUAUGGAUGAUGGUUAAUGAAUAUUUAUUUUUACCUUGAAUGUAUGUUUCCAGAAGUCAGAACCUCACUUCUGCCAUCCAAGUGGCAGAUACACAAGAUGAUAAAACAAUUUAAGUUCGAUGUCUGCUUUUAACAGAAAC